AUGCAUCGUGUGCGCAGCUCCCGCGCCUCUCGCCUUCUCCAUCUCGUCGCGCAGCACCAUGCCGCUCCCCGGCUCGGCGCGCUGCAGCACCGUGCCGCGGCCGUCUCGGCGGCCGGUGGAGAUCGGCCGGCAGCGUUACGCGUUCCGCCUGCUAGCCGGCCAGUAGAAGCGGCAGGUCCGUCCAGCCGCUGCGGCGGCAUCCGCAUAGGACGAUUUACCGCCGUGUUGCCGCAGAUCUGCUGCCAGGCUGUCAGUCUGCCUGGCGUUGCCACGCUGUCCGCCGAGUCAUUACCUUCCAUAGCCACGUCAUCACUCGCCGAGCGGUACCGCUUAGCACCGCGCCUUACACCACUUUCUAGACUUUCCGCUCCUCAUCAUCACUCCACACCUCUCCCAGUCAGAGCACCGUAUUCUCAUGCAUUUAGCGCCGUCUCCGGCGGCAGCGGGAGCGGCAGUGAUGGCGGCAGUGGUGGCAGCAGCAACGGGAGUGUUGGCGAAAGGGGCGAAGCCGCGGGCGAAGCCGCGGGCGGUGCAAUUUCGGAUCAACUCUCGGACUUCUUUUCGGAUCUAAAUUCGGAUCUAGGUUCGGAAUUAGGCGCGGAGUUAGGCUCGGAUUCAGCCUCGGAUUCAGGCUCGGAUUUAGGUUCGGAGGACGUGUCGGUGGGGGUGCUGGAGGGGGUGGUGGAGGAUGCGCGGCAGGCGUACGGCGAGAGGCACGAGCUGGUGGCGGGACUUAGGCUGCGACUGGCGCAGGCGUAUCUGCAGCAGGGGCGGGACGCGGGGGAGGUGCUAUCUGUGGUGGAGAAGGCGUGGGAGGUGUUUGACAGCGCUGCCAUUGAUGGGGAUCCGGUGCGAGCCAUGUGCCUGCAUCUCAUGGCCGCAUGCCAUGCCAGGCUCGGCGACCCAGACGAGUGCCUCUCGCUCCUCGUGCAGUGCGAGGCGGCGCUGGAAGAUUCCAAAAAGCUUCAGAGACUUGUGCAAGAGCAAGAAGGCGUUGAAAAUAAGCCAAAAUCAACGUCUGAUGGGAGGCAGAGCGAUGGAUUGGGGAGUGGAGGAACAGAGGGUGGAAGGGUAGAGGGUGGUGAUGGGGAGGGGGAGGGGGAAGCAGCAGCAGCAGCUGCUGCAGCAGCGAUGGCACAAGGGACAGCCGAUGCCAUCCACAUGGUUGGGUUUGCCAUGCACAUGCUGCGAGCUGACGUCAGCAGUGCAAGGGGCGACAUGGAUACUGCACUGAAGGCAUACAGGGCUGCUCUCGAGCUACAGGAAGAGGCACUGGGCUCAGAGGACCCACGGGUAGCAGACGCACUGCAGCACGUGGGGGAGGAGUGCGCGCGGCACAUGCGGCUAGUCGAUGCCCAUUCCAUGGGGAUGCGCGCGCUGCAGCUUCAUGAGGCACACAGGAGAGGCUUGGAGGAGAGGUUGGGAGUGGAGGAGGGGAGUGGGGAGGGGGGAGGAAGGGGAGGGGAGGGUGGGGAAGAGGGAGGAGGGGUGAGAGGGGAGGAGUUGAGGGAGAGAGUGAGGGAGGAGCUGGAGGGGAGGGGAAGGGAGGAGGUGAAGAGGGAGUAUGAGGAGGCUGUCAUGAAGGAGGUGGCAGAUCACCGGUGA